AUGUCGACGAUGAAGCUCAAUUCCGCUGAGGAAGAUGACGAGGUUACUGAUGUGAGUGCUGGUAUUGACCAGAAAAGAUGGCCUAGACUCUUUCAGCAUGUUGACUCUGUCCUAACUGAACAAUAUCAUGGACUCAGCACAGCAUUAGCUAUAUAAAGGAGAAGGGGGCGAUCUGCUGCAGACAUGGGAAGCAAUUACAUUUUGCUAACAGUAGAAAAUAGAUUAACAAGUCUCUGCAAAAACCUUGCUGAUUGAAUUGAGAAUAGAACAAUUAAAAAUGAAAAAUAUCCAAUUGCAGAUAUCUUUCAACUGAUGGCAAGCUGCUUCAAGUUACAGGACCUUCUGCAGACAAGCGUGGACUCAGUAGAGAACUAUGGAGUUGUGGAACUGAAAAAGCUUCUGAAACAAGCAUGCUGCUCGCAAGAAAUAACAACUAAUGUCCUUGUACAGUACGAAAUCUGCAAAUCAAGAUUGGUGGCACUGUUGGAUGAUCAAGAAAAUCCCAUGCUUAGAAAUGUGGAGCAAUUUUGCCACGAAACUCAUCAGUGUUCUUCAGAAUGUAAUGUGAAGCACUACAAAGACUGCGAACAGUUCCAAAAAUUAAAGGAACCGAGAGUUGUCAUUUCGCUGAAAUUCUAUCAUCUCUUCUUAAGAGAGAAGGAUCUCUACACAGGAAUCGAAGAUUUUCUGCAUUUCUUCCUUCAGUGUGCCACAAAGACCCAUGCUGAAGGAGUGGCUGAAAGCAUGGGCAACUAUGUAGAAAUGCACAGCGACAAGAGGAGGGGUCUGGACAUCAGCGAUGUCGGGUUGGAGGCCAGAAUUCACUGGAAUGGUCCUCCUAUUCACUACGCCACCAGACUUGGCGAGUUGGCUUUGGAUCAACACUUUGGAGGAAGACGUCGGUGGCACUUUGUGACAAAAAAUAACAAAGGCAAAUCAGUCGUAACUAAACGACUGGAGAAAGAGAAGCCUAGACUACCAUUUUACUAG